CGUGCAUCUUUAUAAAAUCGUCUAUUGGCGCGCGCUAUGGUGUAGUUUAUAGCACGAAGAAGCUGAAGUGUUCCAUAGCGGCGUACAGCACCUGAAGGGUUCAUGGAAUCAGCUCCUGCUCGAAAGCGCUCAUCUUCGGAGAAUCACACGUCAUCACGACAUUCAAAUAGCAACGGGUCGUCGUCAAGUUCUGAAGGGUCUGUUGUGAUGGAACCACCGAACAAACGGGUUGUACGUCGCAGGAGGAUGCAUUACCUCAGCGUCGUGUUGCUUGGGACCAGCUCCGUUAUUUUCAUCACGCUUGGGGUCCCGCUUGGUAUACGGCAUUUCGGAGGCUGCUUCAAUCCGAAGUGCGGCAACUUUUUCACAGACGUUGCAGCGUCAGUAAAUCCUAAGCAAGACCCGUGUGACGACUUCUACAAUUACGUCUGCUCCAAGUUCGUCGGCCCGAACCAGUUCAUCAAGCUGCAAAUACCGAUAGCGUUACAGACGCUGAAGUCUCUCUUACUCUACGACACGAGCCAGAAACAAUCUUCCAUUACAACAAAGGCUGCCAAUUUAUUCCUGCAAUGCGCCCAGGGAGCGUUUAUGGGUCUUGACAACAUGGAUGCAAUCAGGGCGUUCAUGGACCAAUAUCGCCUGUCCUGGCCGCCAGCCACCCAUGCUCCUCCGAGGGAUGUUCUCAACGUCCUCGUGCACCUAUGCAUCGUCUACGGAAUUCCUGUCUUGUUCGACUUGGGGCCGGCGACUUACUUCAAGAAUAGGACUACGUACAACAUGCAUAUUAAGCCGAGCCUCUUCUUGCUGGAGUGGUCUGCGCUCCGUAGUAACCUCAGGACACUGGGUAUUCUUGGGGUGUUUUACAUACGGACUGCGCUGAUCAUGUCGAAGACUGUGCCACAGCAAGAGCUAAUCGAGAGGCUGGUUCAGAUCGACAACGGAAUCUUUACGGCAAUGGGUGUAAACAGUGGAGAUAGGCCCCUGGAGGGAGAUAUGCUGACCCAUGUGCCAUUUUCUGAAGUGGAUAACUUUACGGGUAUCAGCCAGGACGAGACACCGCUGAACCUUCUUGAAACUAUCAACCAGCACCUGCCCAAGUCCAAACGAUUGGAACCAAACGAAGACCUCACCAUCUGGACACCCUUGGCAACACGCUACAUCCUUCGUUUAAUCGCCCUCUACCGACAGUCUGUCACGCUACAUGCUUACAUCAGCCUAACCCUACUGCGCCAGCUAGGGGCCACGAGCUCCCACAGACUGUCCGAGGCCCUGUUCCCGGACGACAGCAGCUCAACUCUUCACACUAUGGUAUACAUGAUCGGAAAAUGCUUCAUCGAAAUCUGGUUAGAACUUCCAUACGUGUUCGGAGGACUCUUUGUACGACGCUGGCUCACACAGCGAGACAUCGACGCAGCCAAGACGAUGACGGAUGCCGUGAGGAACGCUACAGAGGCCGGGUUUCACACGUUGUCGUGGAUGGACAAUACAACGCGAGAACACGCGAUUAAGCGAAUGCAGACACUGCGCUCCGUAGUUGGAUUUCCGGAGAAUUUGCUCACAGAAGACAAGCUCGACGCGCACUAUGCCCAUGUACCAGAACUGGAGGGGACAUACUUGGACAAGAUGAGUACCCUCAGGAAAUCACGGCAUACAGCCACGCUAAAGUUCUUCAAAUCUCCUGCGCCGGACGAUUUUUCCUACCUUGCAGCUUUUCCUAUGGUAUUCGUGAACGCGGCAUAUUUCCCGGUGUACCACUACAUGAUAAUUCCCGCAGCUAUUAUCUUCUCCCCUUUCUUCUCAACCGACGACACCGAAGCGGUGUAUUAUGGAAGCUUGGGUCACGUAAUCGGUCAUGAAAUCACGCACGCCUUUGAUCCAGAGCACGGCUUGUACGACGAAGAAGGAAUUAAGAACAAUUGGUGGACGAAUGUGUCCCGGGUGAACUUUGAAGAAAGGGUUCAGUGUCUCCGAGAUCUUUAUAACGCCGAAGGCGCAGAGGAUGGCGUGAGGUACGGUGACGAAGCGUUGUCCGAGAACUUUGCUGACUGUGGCGGGAUGGACAAGGCUUAUCGAGCCCACAAGAAAGUAGGGACUCAGGACAAGAAGACUGUAGAAAUUGGAGGGACGACUUUUACGCACGACCAGCUAUUUUUUCUGAGCUCGUGUUUCAAGUGGUGUGGAAGUAAGCUUCCUGGUGAGAAGCAGGUCUCAUUUUAUUCCCCGAUGAAGCUGAGGUGUAAUGUGCCUCUCAUGAACAUGCGGCAAUUCGGAGAAGCAUUUAAGUGUCCGGCGAACUCGCGGAUGAAUCCUCAGAAGAGGUGCGAUCUGUUGUGAGUUUGCACACGGGCAUGCUUCAUAGGAAUGUUGGGAUUGUUCGCGAUUAAAUUAUUGUGAAAGAACUGACACAAUGAC